AUGUCGUCUCUGACGGGCUCGAGCUCGAGCUCACCCACAAAGGUGCAGCGCAGCGCGACCGCUUCCACCCUCGAGCAGCCGGUGCCUACCACUGUUUACGGGCUCCUGCACGAGCUGCACGCUCGCAUCACCGCCGACGUCGACGCCGUGCUCACCUGGGACGAGCUCAAGAGCCCUGCCUUCCAGUUCUCCGUCGUCAAGCCUAUUCUCGACAGGUACACUCCCGACGAAGCCACUCUCGCCCAAGCUGCCAAGGACGAUGACGACGAGGACAACGUGGAUGCGAGCAAGUCUCUCGGUGCGGUGCUCUACGCACUCAUGGCCAACCGCUCACCCAUCGAUGCACCUUCCUUCUGUACUCCUGUGCUGACAACAGUGAAAUUCCUCCGCACCUGGCCUUCCCCCGGCGACGAGGCGCUCGCCGCCGAGCUCGUCCGCCCCUGGUCGCCCCUCGAGGGAGCUCCGGACGAGGUCUGGGCCGCGAUCGAGAACCCCGACGAAGCAAAGGCGGACAAGAACUCGGCGCUCGAGCUCGCCAUCGUUUCGGUCGCCAAGCGUCUCCUCUCCCAGCCGAUCGUCCAGCACCUCGUUGGCGCAAUCUACACCGGUGAUCUUGUCUACGCUCCGGACGUGAACCGCUCCCUCAUCCCCGACUCUUAUGUCGCUCCCCGCCGCGGCAAGGGCCACAAGGCGAAGCGCGCCGAUGACUUUGACGUCUAUGCCUACAACCCAUACGAGGCCCGAUGGCUCGAUACGACUCGUCUGCGCGUGCCCCGCUGGAGGCACUGGAUCGAGUUCGGCACCUUUGCGACCCUCAUCGCGCUCUUCAUGUGGACUCUUAUCACCCGCGACUUGAAGCACCAGACUGGCGUUGAAAUCUGGUUCGUCCUCUUCACCCUGGGUUUCAUCGUGAACGAGUGGGCCGGCGCCAACGAGAACGGAUGGUCUGUGUACAUCGCCAACGCCUGGAACGUGUUCGACCUGUCGUUCAUCCUGAUCUUCUUCGCCUACCUGAUCCUCCGCUGCAUCGGACUCUACCACCACAACAAGCGCACUGCGGACCUCGCCUUCGAUGUGCUUGCUUGUGGCGCUUGUAUCCUGCUUCCUCGCCUCGUGUUCUUCUUCGUUCGCAGCAACGUCGUGGUCAUUGCGCUCCGCGGCAUGAUCGCUACCUAUGUGUCCUUCAUGGCGCUCGCGGCCGUCGCGCUCUCCGGCGUCGCGUUCGCUUUGUACAUGCUUGGCCGUCCCGAGUUCUCGCCCCUCGGCAUCGUUAAGCUCAUGAUGAAGAUCUGGUUCGGCGGCGGCUUCGGCAUGUCCUUCGGCCUCGCGGAGCGCUUCCACGAGUACUUUGGUCCGAUUAUUCUCGUCGGCUACUCUGCGCUCUGCAGCACCUUCCUCAUCACUGCUCUCAUGUCCAUGGUGUCGAACAAGUUUGCCACGAUCAACAACAACGCGCAGCAGGAGCACCUGUACCAGCGCGUCGUGUCGACGGUCGAGGGCGCCAAGUCGGACGCCGUGUUCAUGUACCUUCCCCCUUUCAACCUGCUCGCACUUGUCAUCCUGAUCCCCAUGAGCAAGUUUGCGUCCCCCGAGACUGUGCACACGGUCAACGUGGCUCUUAUCAAGGCGACCAACUUCCCCAUCCUCUUUGCCAUCUCCGCCUACGAGCGUAGCAGGUACAGGCUCAGCCGCCGCCGUAUCAAGAUCCAGGAGCGCACUGGUGUCUGCGUCGAUAAGAUCAAGACUCCCGGUAUCUUCGACUCGUUCUUUGGCGGUGGCAACGCUCUUACGCUCCACGCCGCCUUUGACCUUGCGACUCCCGAGGAGCCCUCGUCCACGCUGUCUCCCUCGCUCCUCCCUGCCAAGGACGAGGAGGACGUCCCUCCCCUCGCGUCCGAGAAGAAGAAGAAGUGGAAGCCCACCGGCUCCUCCGUGGGCCGCAUCUUCCGCUCCGACGGCACCGCUGCCGGCGGCAAGACGGUCACCGUGUCCAAGGAGGAGUGGGACGAGGUCAAGGCGUCCCAGGCGCGCAUGGAGGACAUGCUCCAGAAGGUGCUCACCAUCACUGCCGCUGCCAAGUGA